UAAAAACAUUAGACCAUGUACAAACAAAAAAAAACAUUACAUUACAGUAGCAAAAUAAGGAAGAGCAAUAAAUAAGUACAUGCUAUUUAAAGGAACUCAGAGUUCAGCAAUUUUGCAGUUUUCUUUAAGUUUGUUCCAGAAUAUUAUAGCAUAAAGGCUAAAUGCUGCUUCUUUGUGUAUAGAUCCAAUUCUGGGGAUGCAAAGUAGACUUGACUCAGAAGGCCUGAGUGAUCUGGAAUGUCGAUAUAAUGACAACAGGUCUUUAAUGUAUUUUGGUCAUAAGCCAUUCAGUGAAUUUAAAGUCUAUUUUCUGAGCUACAGGGAGCCAGUGUAAGGACCUUAGAACCGGGGCAGUGUUCUGGAUCAGCUGCAGCUGUCCCAUCGACUUUUCAGGCAGACUUAUGAAGACACAGAGUUUGGGCCUGUUCAGUAGUAGCUGCAAUAACUGCAACUAUGCACUGACUCUUGCUUGUUCCUCUUUAUGUCCCAAAAUAAUCAUGCCAGUUUUUGUUUCUGCUCAGCUGAAAGUUGCUAUGACUUGAAGAAAAAAAAAUAUAUAUAUCUUUUUCCUUUUUCGAAUCAUAUAAUAUUUUCCGUCAUUGUUUUUAAUGAUGAAUUCAUAUUCUGCAGUCAUGAACAUGAACUUUCAGCUGAAUAAAAGCACUGUUCGUUGUAAUUAAAUGACAUUCUAACUCUACGAAAAUGGACCAAAACCCAUUUUUUGAAGUGGUCUCGGUCCGCUUCCAAAUACACACUGAACCAUCUACAGGAAAAAUAAAACUAUGGUAAAAAGGAGCCCUUCAGUGUUGCUAGCACAACCACUGCAUGACCUGGUUGUGCUGAAAUCGUACCUCAUCCUUGGUUUUCUGCUUAGCGAUGCUGCUGCCAGCGUGUUGUGGGUCAGGACAUGCAGAGCAUCUCGUCUCAUUCAGCUAGCAGAACACAUUUGCUGGCACUGUUCCAACAUUAGAUAUAUCACAUUGCAAAUCCUGCACUCAACGAGCUCCUCUUGACAUUCAAAAUGCCAUUGCAGUUGUAAUUACGGCACAAAUGUGGACAACAGAAAUUCAGACAAUAGGACUUUCAGAGUUUGUUUUUUUCCAGGAAUGUGCUCUCUCCCGCACCCGUCAUUUCUGUCCCGAAGAAGCAAUGGUCGUCACCUCGCAUGGCUUUGUUUACAAAUUAUAGUCUGCUUGCAAAAAAGUACAUUGUGAAAACAAAGCAAACAAAAACAACAACAACAACAACAAAAAAACAGAUAUAAAGUUACAUCGAUAAACUAGAUUUAUGAAAAUUUUGCUGACAUACAAAGUAUUGGUAGCCCCCUUUGAAACUUUCUGGUGGCGCCCCUGACUUAGUCUGUAUAUUAACGCACUUUCAAGAGAAACACAAAUGUAAAAAAAACAACAAAAAAACCCCCAAAACGUUGGGGGUAAUUCCAGAAUUCAUUUGCGAUGAAUGCUUUCCCACAAUAGUAGGACACACAGCACGUCCAGGCCCCAAUAAUCUGAGCAGUGACGAGGAGCGGAUGCAGAUAAGCCCAGUGCUCCUGAGGACUUCAGUGUGCUUGCAUGCGCGUAUGAAAGGAAAAAUGUGCCGCGCUGGCGCCUCCUGAAGACAGUUAUGGGCUACUGCCGGUGCUCAGAGCUGCAGAAAGAGAGGGGCUUUCUCACAUUUCCCGAUCUCUCCCGGCCGAGACCGCCACUGUGCCGCUUCCACAACACAGCCGACAGCGAGCCGAAGCGACGACCUGCUCCCAGCGUGCUCUAAAGCCGUAUUCAACCAAGCCACCUCCCGCCCGGAGUAAAAUCUACUUAAACAAGGAGUGGAGUGUACCCUGAGGGAACGAUGCUGCUCUGAUGACCUGCUCGGCCUCGGCUUCCUCUAGAGAUUAUUCUCCAGUCAGAAGAGCGGGGCAAAUUGUCGGCAGGAUAUGGUUGGAGGAUUCACGUGAUGGAUAGGUGAUGGACUCCUCCACCACCAGUCUCCCCCGGUGACUCGCCCUCUUCUGCAGCUCGCGCUCCGGCACGAGUGUGUACCGGCGGUCCACGAACCCUCCACUUCUUUGCCAUGGUGACAUAAGCGGCACUGCAACAUGAGGGAGCGCCAACGUGACCGUCUUGUUUCCUUUCCCAGUAGCUGCUCUUGCUGCUACCUCCAUGCUUAGCUCUGUAACAAUCCGGACUCUGCUGUGAGAAAUUUCUGCCUGUCUCUUUGUUUCUCUUUUUUUUGUUUUCUUUGCCUGCGCUGAGUGGAACUGUCCCCUUGGCGUGUUGCUGGGCCGGUGGGGCGGAGCAGUGCGGCGAGAGACGAUGCUGGGAUGCGUGACACGCCUCCGUCGGCUGGUCCGCCUCCUUCCCUUGCAGACCUCCCUGCUCAUCCUCUUCCUAUUCUGCACUGUCAGCGUCUUCAUCUUCUCCUACUUCCUCUAUGGCGUCAAGCGAGAACCAGAGCCUUCGGCGGUGGGCUUGUCCGGCCCCGACGGAGCCUCCGCAGACUCGGACUACCCAAGGGUGGUUCCGUCCCGGCUGCUGCCCGUGCGGAGCGUCCCGGGAGGGUCUGGGGUGGACCUCGGAGGGACCAGGACAGAUCCUGUGGUUCUGGUGUUUGUGGAAAGCCAAUAUUCUCAACUGGGGCAGGAGAUCGUGGCCAUCCUGGAGUCCGGCCGGUUCAAGUACCGGACUGAGAUCUCUCCUGGGAAGGGGGACAUGCCCACCCUGACGGACAAGGAGAGGGGGCGUUUCACGCUGGUGAUUUAUGAAAACAUUCUCAAGUAUGUGAACUUGGACGCUUGGAACCGAGAGCUGCUGGAUAAAUACUGUGUGGAGUACGGAGUGGGCAUCAUCGGCUUCUUCAAGGCCAAUGAAAACAGUCUGCUGAGUGCGCAACUCAAAGGCUUCCCCCUCUUUCUUCACUCCAACUUGGGUUUGAAGGACUGCACGGUCAACCCCAAGUCGCCGCUCCUCUUAAUCACCCGGGCGGGCCAGACGCUGCCCGGUCCCCUGCCGGGGGACGACUGGACCGUGUUCCAGUCCAACCACUCCACCUACGAGCCCGUGCUGAUGGCGAAGACCCAGUCGGCCGAGAGCGUGGCGUCACUGGGACAGAACGCGGCCUUGCUGCCCUCGGUGGUGCAGGACCUGGGGCUUCACGAUGGCAUCCAGAGGGUCCUGUUUGGCAAUAAUUUGAAUUUUUGGCUGCACAAGCUGGUGUUUGUGGAUGCCGUGGCUUUUUUAACUGGGAAGAGGCUCUCGCUGUCCCUGGAACGCUACAUUCUGGUGGAUAUAGAUGACAUUUUUGUGGGCAAGGAAGGCACCCGCAUGAAGGUGCCUGAUGUAAAGGCCCUGCUGGAGACGCAGAGGGAGCUGCGCACCCAUGUGCCCAACUUCACCUUCAAUCUGGGCUUCUCAGGGAAAUUCUUCCAUGCUGGAUCGGAUGAGGAGGACCUGGGAGAUGACCUGUUGCUGUCCCAUGUGAAGGAUUUCUGGUGGUUUCCUCACAUGUGGAGCCACAUGCAGCCCCAUUUAUUCCACAACCAGUCGGUGCUGGCCGAGCAGAUGUUGCUCAACAAGAAAUUUGCCAUGGAGCAUGGGAUUCCCACGAACAUGGGCUACGCAGUGGCCCCUCACCACUCUGGGGUCUAUCCUGUACACAUGCAGCUGUAUGAUGCCUGGAAGAAAGUUUGGGGCAUCAAAGUGACCAGCACCGAGGAGUACCCUCACCUAAAACCCGCUCGCUUCCGACGGGGAUUCAUCCACAGCGGCAUCAGCGUGUUGCCCCGGCAGACUUGUGGUCUUUUCACACACACCAUCUUCUACAAAGACUACCCAGGCAGCCCAAACGAACUGGACAAGCUCAUCAAUGGGGGGGAACUCUUCCUCACUGUUCUGCUGAACCCUAUCAGUAUUUUCAUGACCCAUCUAUCCAACUAUGGGAACGACCGUCUUGGUCUGUACACCUUCAAAAGCUUGGUGAUGUUUGUGAAGACGUGGACCAACCUGAAGAUGCAGACUCUGCCGCCUAUCCAGUUGGCUCAGAAAUACUUUAGCCUGUUUCCAUCUGAGAGAGAUCCCCUCUGGCAGGAUCCUUGUGAGGAUAAAAGACACAAGGACAUCUGGUCCAAAGAGAAAACAUGUGACCGCUUCCCAAAGCUGCUUGUCAUUGGGCCUCAGAAGACAGGGACAACAGCACUUUACCUAUUUCUUGGCAUGCAUCCUGACUUGACCAGCAACUAUCCCAGCAAGGAGACGUUUGAGGAGAUCCAGUUCUUCAAUGGACACAACUAUCACAGAGGCAUUGACUGGUACAUGGAGUACUUCCCUCUGCCCUCCAACACCAGUUCAGACUACUACUUUGAGAAGAGUGCCAACUACUUUGACUCUGAGGUGGCUGCUCAGAGGGCUGCUGCUCUUCUGCCUAAAGCUAAGAUCAUCACCAUCCUCAUCAACCCAGCGGACAGAGCUUACUCCUGGUACCAGCACCAAAGGGCUCAUGACGACCCGGUGGCGCUGAAGUACUCCUUCAAUGAAGUCAUCACUGCAGCCCGCGACGCUCCAAUCAAACUACGGAUUCUCCAGAAUCGAUGCCUGGUGCCGGGUUGGUACGCUGUCCACCUGGAGCGCUGGCUGAAUCACUAUCAUUCCAGCCAGUUGUUGGUUUUGGAUGGACAGAUGCUGAAGACAGAGCCUGCCUCGGUCAUGGAUAAAAUCCAGAAGUUUCUUGGCCUCCCCAACGUCAUCAACUACCACAAGAUCUUAGCAUUUGACCCCAAGAAAGGCUUCUGGUGUCAGUUGUUAGAGGGAGGAAAGACCAAGUGUCUGGGAAAGAGUAAAGGACGCAGGUACCCUGACAUGGACCCUGAGUCCCAGGAGUUCCUCAGGGAGUACUACCGUGACCACAACAUUGAGCUGUCUAAGCUGCUCUACAGGAUGGGUCAGCCGCUACCCAGCUGGCUCAGAGAGGAGCUGGUCCACACCAGGUAGCAGCACCGCUGCAGGGGAAAACCACAGCUCCACGUUCUGAAACACGGCUCCACCCUGCAGGGCUCGCCGAUCUGAAAGAAACCUGAAAGAUUGGAGCUCGGGCCUUGAGAUAAACCGAACAAGAACUCGAAGCUUAACGCUGAUCUUCUUAGUGGAGAGCAGACUGGCUUCAGGGCUGCCCUGACACUGUGUCCUGAGGAUUUCAGUAAGGAAAGACUCGGUGGUGCACAGUGGAGUGGGGGGUCCUCCGGUGUUCGAUAAUCCCGGUCCCGUUGAUCGACGUGUCAUCACAUAAACUUUGUUGCCUGAGACUGAAAAAGGAAACACAAAUGAACUCUGAGCAGUUUUACCUGUCAGUUCUGUAAACAGGCAACAAAUGUAAACACUAUCACAUGUCCUCUGUGAUAAGGCGUGAUGUUUGGAGCGGAGUAGGACAGUAUUGUCUCAACAAACGGCAGCAUGUUGGACGUGUCCAGUCGAACUACUUUUGAUAGGAGUAUAUGAGCAGUAAGUGAGGACGUGAGGAGUCCUGACUCAGGCUGCAUCUUGUAGCCUUCCUCAAUAGGCCUUGGUAGAAUCUAGUUAUUGCAUUUACAAGUGCCAGGACAGAAUCUUCAACAAACUAUCAACCCCUUGGAUAUCUGAGGGAUCCUUCUUUUUUUCUCUUUUGUUUCAAUCAGCUCCUGUUUUGUUUUCUUCUGUCUGACUUAACGUUUCUGUAGUGCUGAUGGAAAUGCAUAUUUUGUUAGAAUGUACCAAAACUAAACCUGUUAGAGGUGUUGUUCCCACCCAAGCGGGAUGAGCAGCGCUGUUGUCGGCCCGGCCUGCAGCGUGGUGACCCCCGAGCCGGCCGGGGCGGGAACAGGACGGACGGACGGACACAGAAAGCACAAUGGCACUCGAACGAGCGUCGACCCUGAUCAUACAGGUUAACUGGAAAGCACACAGAGUUCAUGGCUCCUACUACAAUCUGUGAAGAUCAUAAGCUAGCUACUGUAUGCAUGGUCCUACAGAUUCAGAUUGUGUACAGAAGAAAAAAAAGUGCAUUUCAAAAUGUUAUCAGCGUUUUUAUUUGUUAAAAUUGUAUAUUUUUUUGUGUUUUAUGUUUAAUUUCAUUUACAAGCGAGUAUAGACCUGGGAAGAAUAGAAAAACAAAAAAACUGACCAACUGUACGCCAGGUGUUUUCAUACGGAUGUUUGGGUGUAGGUCAAGGUGUUACCAUUGCAACUAGGUGUUCAUCGGUAACAAAAAGCUGCUUUUACUGCAAUAGUUUUGUACGUUGUUCGGAUGUAAUUACAACGCACACGACGGUUUGUCAUUUCCUGACUUUGUAAUGUACAUAAAACCCUUCGGUAGACCUAAAUUAUUGAAUGUGUUUGGGUUUUACUCUCCCAUCAGCCUGUUGUCGUAGCGUUUAUAAACGUCAGUGCUGCGCUGAGGGGGAGUUUGGAUCCUUUCAUCAUGCAGAAGUGUUUCCUCUCACAUCCUCUCACUGCCAACUGUUGUACAAAAGUGCAGAGUUUCUCCAUAUAUAAAGUAUUAAACACAUAACAGCAACGAUGGUACUAAUCUCCUGGACUGUAUGAUACAGAUUUGUAAUUGUUGUCAAUAAUUUUUACAGUGUAACUAAUAUUGUCGGUGCUUUUUAAUUUGCAAAUAAAACACCACUGUAUUUUUCAUUA